AUGAGCUCCAGCUUGGUCAAUUCUUUAGCCAAAAUGUAUGAUCCAAGGCCUCUUCAUGCUCAUAAAUCCGGUGGAAGAAAGACCUCACUCAAUGGAUUAGAAAAGUGCCAAGUUACUUCCUCUUCUCAUGAUGCCUCCCUACGCUGCAUCGAGAGCCGUAUGGACUCCUUAACUUCUCAGAUGGAGUGUUUGCUCAACAUGCAGCGCACCGUCCUAACCCGACUGGACAGUUUGUCCCAUGAUGUGAAAGAGAUGGAUCGAGGAUGCGCGUUUAUGAGCAAGGAGCGUCGCGGUAAUGUGGAUGCUGGAGCAAGCAAUGGCUCAGAAGUCGCAGUCGCAUGCAGGGAGUUGUGGGGGGUGGUGGAAAGGGUCUGUGAGGGUAUGGAGAGUCAGGGACGCAAGUUGGAAGCAGUGGGAAAACUGGUGGAGGGCACCCAGCAGGUGAUCAGCUUCAUUGUUGAGGUGAUGAAGAGCUCCAGGCUGAUGAAGUUUCGCUUUAGAAAGCCUGGGAGCCAAUCUAAACGCAAGGGUAAAGAUGAUAAGGAUAAAGGAAAACAGAGCCUGAAGAGCGUCAACGUUCAGAAGAAGAGGAGGUCCCUGGAAUCUUCAGACUUGGUGCUGCCAGAAAAGGUAGAGAAACUUAACCAAAAGAAUACUGACCAUUCUCACGGCAAUAACAAGGCAGAGGACACGGAAAAUGGAAGACCACUAGAAUCACCUGCAUUGAUUCUGAAUGGUCCAGCUAAAGAAAGCGAGGACGUCUUUGAAGACUCGGAUCCUGAUGAAGAGGUAGAAAUAGAGAUAAAAUCUUCAGAUUUCAACCAUGAGAAAACAAGUGAUGAAGAAGCUGAAGAGGAGCAGAAGAAUGAUCCGGAAGCAAAUAUUUCUUCGGAGACCGAGAAGACGACUGAGAGCCCUGAUGAGGUCAGUGAUGUGGCUGCCUGUAGCAAACGUCGUGUCACAGAAGAAGACCCGGUGAAGGAUGAUCUUAAAAAGAGUCGCGUGGAAGAUGAUAAAGAUAAAAAUGCUGAUGGUGCUGUGUUGGAGCCAGAGAAGCGCCAAGACACCGACUCUGAUGCAGUCAACACGGAUGGGAGUGAGGGAAACGACAACCUAUCUGGAAAGGAAUUCUUUAUUGACUCCAGUCCUCCACCAUCAGCACCCUUUGACCAUCGUAUAGUGACUCCAAAACCUCAUCAAAUAAGUGCCUACUACUCCAUCAACAAAGACGAGGUGCUAGGAGGGGGGCGGUUUGGCCAGGUGCACAAAUGUAUAGAGAAGUCAUCUGGCCUAACAUUGGCUGCCAAAAUCAUCAAGGCGAGGAGUCAAAAAGAAAAGGAUGUGGUGAGGAACGAGAUCCAGGUGAUGAACCAGCUCAACCACUGCAACCUUAUCCAGCUUUAUGCAGCCUUUGAGUCCCGUCAUGACAUCAUACUCGUCAUGGAAUAUGUUGAAGGAGGUGAACUAUUUGAUCGCAUCAUUGAUGAGAACUGCAACCUGACUGAGUUUGACACUGUGUUGUUUAUACGCCAAAUCAGUGAGGGACUGCAAUAUAUGCACAGAAUGUACAUAUUACAUCUCGACCUCAAGCCAGAGAACAUUCUUUGUGUCAGCAGGGCAACAAACAAGAUAAAAAUAAUUGACUUUGGUCUGGCCAGAAGAUAUAAACCUCGAGAGAAGCUUAAGGUCAACUUUGGAACGCCUGAAUUUUUGGCCCCUGAAGUCAUCAAUUAUGAGUUUGUUUCAUUCCCUACAGACAUGUGGAGCCUUGGAGUCAUAACUUACAUGCUACUUAGCGGCUUGUCUCCUUUCCUUGGGGAUGAUGACAAUGAAACUCUGAACAACAUUCUAGCCUGUCAGUGGAACUUUGAGGAAGAGGAGUUUACAGAUGUUUCUGAAGAGGCCAAAGAUUUCAUCACACGUUUACUAGUAAAGAGCAAAAACUGGAGGAUGAGUGCUACAGAGUCUCUUAGACACCCUUGGCUGUCAGACCAAAGUUUGCACUAUAAGUUACACGUGAAGAAAAACAAGUGUCACUCCACUGGACCACCCUCUCCAGAGUGCUAG